AACUACAACUCUUCUAUACACACACAUAGAUCGUAACUUUUAGUUCCAACUUUAUCAACUAUCAAGUUUGUUGAUGAUUCACUGAAACCAUGGCGACCUGGUUCUUCCUCAUAGUAACUACCCUCUUCAUCUCUUUGCUUGUCAAAACCAUUCUCAGUGUUAUCUCAACCAACAAACUCCCUCCUGGACCUUUUAUCAUUCCCAUAAUCAGCAGCUUGUUAUGGCUCCGCCAGACUCCCUAUGAGAUGGAGCUCGCACUCCGAAAAUUCCAUGGCCAAUACGGACCCAUCUUCAACCUCCACCUCGGCCUCAACCCUAAAAUAUUCAUUGCCAGUCGAUCCCUGGCUCACCAGGCCUUAGUCCAGAACGGAGCUAUAUUUUCAGACAGGCCACCGGCUUUGGCUACUGACAAGAUCAUAACUAGUAACCAACAUAACAUCAGCUCUGCCGGAUAUGGACUCACAUGGCGGCUCCUCCGUCGCAACCUGACCUCCGAGAUACUUCACCCUCUGCGUGUCAAGUCUUAUGGCGCGGCGCGCAAGUGGGUUCUGGACAUCCUCACCACUCGUCUUCAAGUGGAGUCUGAAUCCAAAGGUGUGGUAGUAGUAGACCAUUUUCAGUAUGCUAUGUUUUGCUUGUUGGUUUUGAUGUGUUUUGGAGACAAACUCGAGGAGAAGCAGAUCAAAGAAGUGGAGCGUGUUCAGCGUCAGUUGUUGUUGGGUUUGUGGCGGUUCAGGUUGCUUAGUGUGAAGCCUGGCAUCACAAAGUUCCUGUUUAAAAAGCAGUGGAAGGAGUUUUUGAAGAUUCGGAAAGAACAAGAAGACGUGCUCAUUCCUCUUAUACGAGCAAGAAGCAAGGCAAAGACCAAGGUGGAGCAAAGUGAUGAAUUUGUGUUGUCGUAUGUUGAUACAUUGUGGGAUCUUGAGCUCCCUGAAGAGAAGAGAAAGCUUGAGGAAGGCGAAAUGGUUAGUCUUUGUUCAGAGUUUCUGAGUGCGGGCACUGAUACUACAUCCACUGCAUUGCAGUGGAUCAUGGCCAACAUUGUAAAGUAUCCACAAGUCCAAGAGCGGCUGUUCGCAGAGAUUAAAGGGGUUGUGGAAGAAACAGAGGAAGAGGUGAAAGAGGAGGACUUGCAGAAGACGCCUUAUUUGAAAGCUGUGAUCCUGGAGGGUCUAAGGCGUCACCCACCUGGCCACUUUGUGUUGCCACACAAGGUUACUCAAGACAUCGUUUUGGAUGGUCAUGUGGUGCCUAAAAAUGCUACUGUCAAUUUCACAGUGGCUGAUAUAGGGUUGGACUCAAAAGUGUGGGAAGACCCUAUGGCUUUCAAGCCGGAGAGAUUCUUGAGUGGUGGUGCAGGAGAAGGGGUUGAUAUAACAGGAAAUAGAGAGAUUAAGAUGAUGCCUUUUGGGGCAGGGAGGAGAAUUUGUCCAGCUUAUGGUUUAGCUAUGCUUCAUCUUGAGUAUUUUGUGGCCAAUCUGGUUUGGAGAUUUGAAUGGAAAGCUGUGGAUGGAGACAAUGUGGACUUGUCGGAGAAGCAGGAGUUCACUGUGGUCAUGAAGAAUCCAUUGCAGGCCAAUAUAUCUCCGAGGGUAAAUAAGUGAAGGAACUCUGCGUGUUGUGUACUUAGGACAACAUAAAAGAGUUGAUAUAUGCUCAUGAGCAAUGUGGCCUAUAAGCAUUGGAGAAUAUAUUGUCAUGGUGUGUUUAGCUAUACAUCAUGUUCUCCUCAGCAUAAUGUGACAAAUAAAGAUUGGUGUUCAGGUAUUAUGAAAGAGCUGCUGCUGUUGAGGUCAGAGGGAAUAUACAGCAAAUGGUAUGGUUCAGGUAUCAUUAUCCUAAUGUAUAUUUGUGUUUGGUGUAUAGUUCUGUGUUGUUUUCUGACUAUAUUGAUAUAUGUACGUUGUUUGUUUUGCUUAACUAAGUACAAGUAUAUAUGGUUGUGAUC